CUUACUAAACGAUGAACAAUCAGAAAAAUGUUGCUCGAAAAAAUGGUGAUGGUGCAAAAGGAGAGAACGACAGAGAAACGGAUUACAUUCCUUUGGUUUUAAACACUAGCAAUUACUAUGUGAACCAUCGGAGGGAUUAUAUAAACGGGUGCAGGUGUAAUAAUGAACACAAACAUGGGAAAAAACAUAGAUGCUGUGAUGGUAGCAUGUUUUAUGGCUAUGAAACAGAAAGAAAGACAGAAUUGGAGUAUUUGAACGAAGCAGGGAAACACGGCAGCGUUUAUUUGGGCGAGAGAAUGAAUGAAGGGCUGUUGAACAGGUUUGAUGGCGGGGAUAAUUGGGGGUUGAAUUUUUGUAACGGGCUUAGAUCGCAAUUACCGAAUAACUUGAGUGCUGGGCAUGCAAAACCUGGCGACAGGGGGUAUAAUGGGCAAUUUAAUGGAGAGCAUGUGGAGAAGAUGAAUGGUAAUAUGAGUGCUGGGCGUGCAUAUGCUAACAUGGAUGGGAGUGAACGGGAUGAGAAGAUGCUACGAAGCAACGAUGGGUGUCGCUCGUACAACGAAACAUACUUCCACAAUAUGGAACAACACUUCAGAGAUGGGGAUGGAAGGAAGAGAAGUGGCACAGAUGAGAGUGACUGUAGGGUAAAUGGAAGGGAAUUGUACAGCAGAUAUUCAGCAUGGGGAGAAAAAGGAGCAAAGCACAUGAAUUAUUACACAGGUACUUUGAAAAGAGGUGCAUGGGGAACAUCUUUAGAUAACCACAAAUAUAACGAGACUUACGCACCAGAGAGUAUUAAUGGCACGGUCACAUACCUAAAAGAAAGCAACGAACGAUAUGAAGCAUAUCAAACGGCGUGUUACAACAACGAGCACAUGACUGGCACGUACAACCAGCAGUUUACACAAAAUAGGAAGUGCUACGUAUCUGCUAAUUCAUUAGAGAAUGAUAUCUGUCAAGGAGAAACAUUUAGCUCACCAAGGCUGUGCCAGGAUCGUUCAAACCGGCAGUUUGGCAGCAAAUGUGAUCAUCAAGGAUUGGCUGUACAUGCUGAUGAUUGCGGAGUAGCAGACAAGCAUGCGAAAAAAUUUGACGAGCAACACAAAAAAAGUAGCGAUGAGUUCACGGACAGCACGAUGCACCAUUCGCUCAAUAAAAAUUGUUAUGGAGCAAAGCAGUGCAAUGAAAAGAAAGGAGGAGGCAAUGAGCAACAUGUUGCAGGUGUGCAUGCAUUCACAGUACCGGAUGAAGAGAACAAAUAUUACGGGCACGUUAUAACGGGCGAUGAUGGAAAACAAAAUCAUAAUUUGGAAAAUGAAGCGGUUUAUGUGUCUAAUAAUGGAGCAAAGAUAGAAAACCACGAUAAUGCCAAAAAACUGGGCAUAGCGGCACAUGAAAUGGUAAUAGAAGAAAAAAAUGAAAUUGUGCGCGAUGAGUUUGCAAUGGAAUCGUGUUCAAAACAACAAAAAGAGGGCAAACACUCUGCCUCAGAUUAUACGGCAGAGCUACGUGCAACCGAUCGCGGUAUGGAAAAAUGUUGCAAUCUGGCCAAAGAUUCAUUAUUUGAAGUUGUGGAUCGUAUGAUUACACUGGAAGAUGACAGACAAACGGAUAGGUGCGAUAUAACCGACAGCGUGGCACAGGAAGUGACAGAUAAAGACCAAGGCUAUGAUUCUGAUGGUGGUAUGCCAUACAAUAGAGGAAGAGUUGUAAAUAAUGAGGAGCAGAAUGUAGCUGCAGGAUCACAACCAGAUCCAAGGAUCUUAGAUGAAUACAAACAAAGCCAUCAAGGGGAUCAGAAGCGUAUUAAAGCAGAAGAAACAGAAAUUGAAAAAGGACCUGCUCAUCACAACGAAAUAAAGAGGCAAGGUCUCAUCAAGAAUGCCGUAAAUGACAAAAUAGCUUCGGCAACAGGGCUGUUAGAAUGCGAUUAUACGUACUACUUCAUCAAUACCAGUCGGAUUCAUGGCAACGGUUUGUUCGCUUCCAAGCUCAUACCCAAGGACUCAAUGAUCAUCGAGUACCAGGGUGUACAAAUAGGCAACAUGAUGGCAGAUAAAUUGGAAGAGGAGUACCAACGUAACAAUAUAAAUUCGAUAUACUUAUUCAGACUUGAUAAGGAUCUGAUCAUAGAUGCAACUGUUUAUGGCAAUAAAGCACGGUUUAUCAAUCACUGCUGCGAUCCUAAUGCUGAAGCACGCGUUACGAUUCACGAUGACCGGCUCAAGCUGCUAAUCUACGCUUUAAAGGACAUACGGGUCAACCAGGAAAUAACGAUGUACUACAAUUUUAGCUCAGAAGCAGGCGAUGAGGAGCUGAAAUGCAGCUGUGGCAGUGAUAAAUGCAGAAAAGUUAUGUAAUGGCAGUAAUAAUGUGAUAUGCGUGGAAUAGGUACAUAACAAAUCGUAAAUUUUAUAGAAAUUACUUUUUACCUUGCCUUUGUGGUACGGCAUUCACUAUGAGCUGUUCAUCGCCAUAGUUUUUUGCGAGCAAGGAUUUGCUCCAUACCAAUGGUAAUUCAGCACUCAGCAGAAUAUGUUGAUGUGCACCAGUGCUACGCUGAUGUUGAUACGGCUGGGAAUGGCUUGUUCAGGCUGCGUGGCUUGCAGAUGGAAAGGGUUGACGGUUUUGAAUGAACACUUGUUAUGUUGAAAGGGAUGAAUUGCACUCUGUCCAGCACAGACCAAUCAGGAACACCUGUUUCAGGCAUGUCCUUGUUUAUCACGGAUAACAGACAUGAUGGCAACCUACACAAUAGAUCUAUAAAAUGGUCUGUUUUCUCCUUUGUAGCAACUCUCUUCUUAAAAUAGGUGUAAUUUAAUUAAACGCUCUUUUCA